AUGCAUCUGAUACAAUGCGCUGUGCCGUACCUCAGAGCUACCGGCCCGACCUACUUUAGUCUUCCCGAGUACGCGGUCAUGAAGCAUGGGGUGGCCUUUAGGAAGUUCUCGAGGACGUCGUCGCAUCGGAUGUUGAUGCUUCGGAACUUGGUGACUUCACUUUUCGAGCAUGAGCAAAUCAAAACUACAUUGCCCAAGGCCAGAGACGCGGCCAGGUUGGCAGAAAAGAUCAUCACCAUGGGCAAAAAAGGUGACCUAGCGUCCCAGAAACGCGCCGCCUCUUUUCUCUUGAAACCCGAUUUGGUUCCUAAACUAUUUGGCGCGUUCGCCGAGCGCUACGCACUUCGUCCCGGUGGCUACACUCGAAUCCACAAGUUCGGCAACCGUCAGGGCGAUAACGCACCUCAGGCCGUCUUGGAGCUGGUGGAUAACCCUCGUGACCUUCGAUACGAACUCACGACUCGCGCCAUCGGGUGGGACAUUUUACGAGAGAAACUCAGACGACAGGCACCUGUCUCCUUGAUCAAUCAAGGUGCCAUUGGAACCCAGGAUAUUGUGCGAACAGAACGAAGUCUGGGUUUCGGUGAGAAGGGAACCCUACGACCGAUGACACGGUGGAAUCUCCAGAAAAUGUUGCGGUUCAGAGAUCAAGACGCAUUUCUGGACGUGAGCAGGAAGGCCUCAGACUAUGUCGACAGACUCAUGGCCACCCCAUUGGCCUUUAAGGAAAUUUACGAUAACACCCAGUCGAAGAAAUCAACGUCCAUGAAACCACGUUCACUUCGACCAAGGCCCGGUCAAGCCAUUCCAGGAGAAACUCGUAGUGUUCUUGACCUUUCCAAGGGUGCUCUUUCGCACCCUCGGCCACCACCAGUUGGAAGACUUCUUACGGCGCGUAGCAUGCUGACUCGACGAGUAAAGUCGGCAUAA